AUGAAUUUUUCGCAUUUCAGCCUAACACCAUUUUUUCCGUCUUGCAAACCUCCUGGAGACUUAGUAGAAAGACGAUCACGACGAUGGCGAAGCUGGCUGCGCUUGUGCUUCUCAGCGCAUUGGUUCUGAGUCAAUCCUACGUCCCGAUAAGACUGAGCCUGGUGGAAGUCGGCGUUAACGUCACUUUGGCAUGCCCGCGCUACGACGAUAGAGGUGACAUAUUUUACUGGUACAAGAUGAAAUUCGGCUCAAUGGUCAAAACCAUUGCGGAGGGGUAUUUCGGGGAAAUGUCCCUUCGAGGACCGUUCAAGGACGGAAGAUUUGUGAGCGCGCGUACGGGGGACGUGUACGUUUUAAACAUCACAAAGGUACGCAAAGACGAUGAAGCCAUGUACACCUGCCAAGCUGGGACCUCAUACAACAUGGUGUUCACCGGUGGCACACAUCUGCUGGUGAAGGAUCCCAGACGCAAGUCCUUCCAGGUGAGACAAAUCCCGCAAAGCAAGUCGGUCAAAGGGGCGGAGUCUGUGACCAUCCAGUGUUCCGUCCUCGCCGAGAGCAAAGAAUAUUUUCGCCAAAGUCCGAACCAAAGCAGCGUCUACUGGUUGAAGUCCGGAUCGGGAGAGUCUGAUCCACACAUCAUUUACUCCGACAGUGACGAUGAACAAGACCCAAGAAGCUGCGUCCACCAUCUCUCUCUGACCGUACUCAACUCCUCCGACACCGGAACAUACUACUGUGCCGUAGCCACGUGUGGACAGAUCCUGUUCGGACAAGGAACUCAUGUGGACACACAACAAGACCUGCAAUCAGCUGCCGUUUUGCUGGCUGCUCUGCUGGCCUCCUUCGCUGUUGUGGUCACUAUUGUAGUUGCUUAACUUGUAUUUUAUUUUUACUAACAGUAAUAUUUUUUAUUAUCAUUUCAUACACAUCAUUUUGUUUUGUUUUGCCCCAAGAUGGCGCUUCUGUAGUGGCUGCUGGUGGCAGGAGCUCAUCCUUUUGUGUUCCUGAUGUUUCCCUCUUGUUUUUCAUGGGUUUGGUUUUGCCUUUUUGGUUCUGGACCCUUUGGGACUUUCGUGACUUCUGCGGUGCUUUUUUGUGGACUACUGGAUCCGCCUCCUGGGGAGACUUUUGGACAUGGAGACCAGCUGCUGGGUCUCUGCCACACUAUAGUCCGUUUGGAGAGACUGGAGGAGAUGCGGAUGAAGAGUCAGGGCUACAAAGCUGGCGUUAAACGCCGGGAUGGACAAGCUUCACAGCGUCUUGGCUGAAUGAGCAGGUAUCGGACACAUUGGGACCCUUUGGGACUGUGAGACAAGGGGUGGCACUUUCGUGACCUCUGCGGUGCUUUUUUUGUGGACUUCUGGAUCUGCCUCACGGGAGCCUUUUUGGCCAUGGAGACCAGCUGCUGGGUCUCUAGUUUGGAGGGACUUGAGGAGAUGCAGAAGAGGGGACAGGGCUGCGGAGCUAGCACUGAGCGCCGGGACGGAGAGGCUUCACAGUGUCUUGGCUGGGUGAGCAGGUGUCGGACACCGCAGUCCCCUUGGACGUAUCCUCGCUCAUCCAUGCGGACUGGACACUGGCCGAGAGUUGGUUGGCGGCCGAGAGUGGAGUCGGCUCUCUUGGUUGCUUUGUUGGGUCUGCUCCUGUCUCUGGCCAUGCUCCCUCCUCCCCAGCGGACGAUGGCGUGGAACACCGCAGAGGCCACCACAGUGUAUAUGUUUCUUUUACUUUUUAUUCAUAGCUGUAUGUAGAAGUGUCUGGUUGUAUCCGCUGCUUUAAUGUCUUUCAUGUCCUUUGUGUUCUUUGAUGUUUGAUGUUCACAUGUAAGAGGGAUGUGUACUAUGGCUAUGAUUUGUUUUUUGUUUUUUUUCCCCUUGGCCUCAGUCUGGACCCCCUCUCCAGGGGCCCAGGCUUAGACCGAUUUUUUUAUUUUAUUUUAAUCUUUUAUUUUUUUCUCCCAUCCCCCCCACUUGUUUACCUGUAUCUCAUCUUUUUUGUAAUGGGCGCUGGAAGCCGGCAGACCUGUCAGCGAUCCAGUUCUGUCACCCUGUAAUGUUUGUCUGAUCUUGAAUGGGAUUGUGCUGAAAAUUUUAAUUUUCCUGAAGGAACUCUCAUGAAGGAAUAAAUAAAGUACAAUCUAAUCUAAUCUAAUCUGAUCUAAUCUAAUCUAAUCUAAUCUAAUCUAAUCAUUGGUCUCCUUGGACAUAUCUUCGCUCUUCAAUGCGGACUGGACACUGCUCAGGAGUUGGUAGGCGGCCGAGGGUGGAGUCCGCUCUCUUGGUUGCUUUGUUGGGUCUGCUCCUGUCUCUGGCCAUGCUCCCCCCACCCCAGCAGACAAUGGCGUGGACCAUCGCGGUGGCCACCACGGUGUAUAUGUAUUUUUGUUGUUGUUUUUCUUUUGUGGCUGCAUGUAGAAGUGGCUGGUUGCAUCAGCUCUGCUCUUUUAAUGUCAUUUGUGUUCAUUCCCUCUUACACACAUGUUCAUGUGUGCUAAGGCUAUGAGUUCUUUUCUUCUUCCUUAGCCUCAGUCUGGACCCCCUCUCCAAAGGCCCAGGCUUAGACUGAAUAUUUUCUUUUCUCACCGGACCAAGUCACCAAUCCUGUUCUGUCUCCCUGUAAUGUUUGUCUGCUCUUGAAUGGGAUGAAUCUGAAAAUAUUCAUUCCCCCUCGGGGAUUAUUAAAGUAUUUCGGAUUCUGA